AUGUCUGCCCCCGCGACCCACAACGGUGCCCUUGAGAAGGACGUUGGCGAGAUUGCGCCUCAGCACUCCGCCGAGACUAGCGCCCCCAUUCAACCUCAGCUCACCCACGAGCAUGACGUCGCUCGCGCCGCUGCCCGUUUCGGUUAUGGACCCCUGGCUCACGUCAACACCGCUGAGGCUCAACUCCGUCCCUUCGGUGGUGAGUUCCAGCCCGGUCUGUACAAGCCCGUUGAGGGCCGCAAGUUCGGUAACCCUGCUCCUCUGGGCCUGUGCGCUUUCGCCCUGACCACUUUUGUGCUGAGCGCAAUCAACAUGGGUGCGGCUGAUAUCACUGAGCCCAACAUUGUUGUCGCUUUGGCUUUCGGUUAUGGUGGUCUUGUCCAGCUGCUGGCUGGCAUGUGGGAAAUGGCUGUUGGUAACACCUUUGGUGCUACCGCUCUGUCUUCGUAUGGUGGUUUCUGGCUCUCGUUCGCUAUCGUCUUGACCCCUGGUGGGUUCGAGAUUGCAUCGAGCUUGGGUGGCGCGAGCAGUGAGAACUUCAACUAUUCCUUCGGUCUGUUCUUGAUGGGUUGGUUCAUCUUCACCACUAUCCUGCUCUUCUGCACCCUGAAGUCCACUGUUGCCUUCUUCUCACUCUUCUUCUUCCUGGACUUGACCUUCCUCCUGCUCGGUAUUGCCUACCUGCAGGGAGGAGGUACCGCCGCCAACGCCAAGAUCGCCAAGGCUGGUGGUUUGUUCGGUCUCCUGGCUGCUUUUGCCGCCUGGUACAACGCUCUUGCUGGUAUCGCCGACAACAGCAACAGCUUCUUCAUCCUACCCGUCAUCCACUUCCCCUGGUCUGCCACUGGCCGUAGCCGCCGUGACAAGACCGACCGGGACAUGGCUUAG